AAGAUUGAGCGCUGCUGUGAGCAAGCGACUAAAGACGGCAUCCAGUGGAUAUGGGUCGACACUUGCUGCAUCGACAAAAGCAGCAGUGCUGAGCUAUCCGAAGCCAUCAACUCUAUGUACAAAUGGUACGCAAAUGCGAGCAGGUGCUACGCCUAUCUAGCAGACGUUUCUAGGACCACUUCAGAAGAAGACAGCCAUGAAUCAAUACAGGGAAGUAAAUGGUUCUGCAGGGGUUGGACCUUACAAGAGCUAUUGGCUCCCAAACACAUGAUACUGUACGGAUCCGAUUGGUGCAAGCUGGGAACCAGAGAAGAGUUAAGCUACGACAUUUCUGUUGCUACUGGCAUCCACGAGCCGGCGCUUCGGGGUUCCCAAGAAGAGCUAGGCAAGUAUAGCGUUGCGCAGAGGAUGUCCUGGGCAUCGAGAAGAGAAACUACAAGACCAGAGGAUAUGGCGUACUGUCUUCUUGGACUCUUCAACGUCAAUAUGCCGCUCUUGUAUGGCGAAGGUGGCAAGAACGCUUUCAUAAGGCUUCAGGAGGAAAUUAUGAAGAAUUCUGAUGACCACACUUUAUUCGCUUGGACUGUGCCAGUUGAAAGACUCAACACCCUUGAAGCGAGCAAGCUAGUAGGACUCCUAGCUGAAGAUCCGGUGUACUUUCGGUCUUCCGAAGAUGUACUCUCUUUCCGGCGCUGGGAUAUCAGCGAUCCUUUCUCUAUGACAAACAAAGGACUCAGGAUCACAGUACCAUUGGCUGCCAUCCCAGGAUCUUCCGAAAACUGGACAGCGUACCUCGACUGUCACAAGAUCAAAGAUGGGCAUCGGUUUGCUGUUGGUGUUACGCUUAAACAGCUCGCGUCCGGCGGGGACCAGUUUGCAAGGGUAGAUCGAGAGAUACUAGAGAUCCCAUUGAGCUUGGAAAAUGAAGUGUCAGAGGCGAGACGCGAAAUUUACAUUCGGAAAGACAUCAUUGAACCGAGUGUAGCUUAUACGGCUACAGAUGUGCGGCGGCCGCAGGAAUUCCGUAUCGUUCAGACACCGGAAUCGCACAGUCUUAUAAAGAGCCAUGGAUGCGUUGCGGACAUAACGGAUCCGUUGAGGCUACUGGCACCUCCUAAACCUCCGAAAACGACCUGGUAUUGGGUGGACCCACAUUCGUGGGCGAAUUGGCAUGUGGCCUGCCAUUUCGAGGCUAGAGCAGACGGUACGGAGUCGCAAACCUCAAAUUUCAAUAUUGUUCUAGGUUAUGACGGAAAAGCAUCAAGGUCUUGGUGCAUGAUCGAACAACACAGCCGCCAGCAACUGCAAGACAUAUGGGACGAAGUACGCUACAGCGAGUGGGAUGUAGUUUCCAAAGCUAUGCCGGAUAAGUCAAAUGUGGUUGAAGUCAGACUAGAGCCCUCUACUGAGAAAUCCGGCAUCGUUGAAGUAAAGAUACGGUGCAGACACGAUGAAGACAAUACCGCCGAAACGGCAUCCCAGAGGAGCACAGACCCGUUUUCUAUCAUCUCCUUGACAGUCGAUGUCGCUUAUAUCUGUGCUGAGCUUGUCAAGUACUUGAAAGACAUCAACGGGGCUUCCGCACCAGUACACGAGGAUAUAGAGCUAUCUAUUCAAGUGUUUGAAAUGCUUGAUGCUGUUAAUAAAGCAGUCCGAAUUGUAUUCCGAAAGGAGAUAUCGUCGUCGGAGCCAUUUUCGCCAGAUCUAUUAUGGGUCCAGAUUGAGGGAAGUUUGAGAAACUGUCGCAGAGACAUGGAAAAGCUAAGAUUGUUAGCUGAAGAGACAUAUGGCGAGGCAGACCAAGAUGAUACGGGAACUUCGGAUUGGCUUAUGAAGGCGAGGAAGGCAUUGUGGGGGGAGACUUACCUCAAGCAAUGUCGCAACAGUCUUUCGACAUAUUAUAGGAGUCUCCAUCAUGCUUUAGACUCUACAAAGUUUCCGGAUUCCCAAGGCUCUAAUGGGAACCCUUUUCAAUCGUUCAUCCAAAUCCCGCGAGCAAUUCAAAAAGCCCGGUCACAGCUUUCCACUUUGCAAUACGUCGCUAGGCAAUCUGGAGAGAGUCAUACUCAAGAUGAUAAGGCUGACUUCCUCACGAGUCCUAAGUUGCACACGUACUCUGGUAUACCUCGACCAAUAAGCUCGAUAUUCACAGGACAAAAGGAUCAUUUAGAGAGAUUAAAGAAUUACUUUCUGGAAACUCCAGAAUCCGGUGAGAUUGCAAACCACCAGAAACGAUUUGUUGUUUACGGGAUUGGCGGAUCUGGUAAAACGCAAUUCUGCAUCAAAUUAGCUACAGAGAAUCGCGAUCGAUACUGGGGAGUAUUUUGGAUCGACAUGAGUUCUCCGAAAAGAGCAACAACAACCUACGCCGAAAUUGCCAAGAUCGCAGGAGUUGAGCCUACUAUGAAUGCAGUUACGCAUUGGCUAUCAAAUCUGGAGCGACAGUGGCUGCUUAUAAUCGAUGAUGUGGACGGUCCGCAGACUCGGCUAGAAGAUUUUUUCCCAAAGGGUAGCCGAGGCCACGUUCUUGUGACAACGAGAAACCCCGAAUAUAAGAGAUAUGGCAAUGUUGGUUGCCGAUUCUUCGCAUUCCAAGGCCUGGAUGCAGAUGAUGCGACCGUCCUGCUACUGAGAGCUGCUGACCUACCCGAACCAUGGGAUGAAAACUUGAGAACGACUGCACUGGAAAUUACAGAGGCUCUGGGCUACCAUGCUCUUGCCAUGACUCAAGCUGGAACGGCAGUUUCGACCGGUUUGUCUUCUUUGAAGGACUAUCUUGCGUACAAUGCGAGAAGCUUUCACAGAACUCAAGGAAGAAGGGCUGAGCUUGAUCGAACCGUCGAUGGUGACGUCUACGCAAGCUUCGAAAUUAUCUACUCCGCUCUCAAAAUCAAAGCCAGGGACACUGAGGAAGCGAGAGAUGCAGUUCAGCUAUUCAACAUUUUCGCUUUUUUCCACCACGAAAAUAUCCAGUUCGACAUCCUUGCGAGAUCCGUCAAAAAUCGGAAACUGGAACAGGAACACGAAGUGCGAGAGAGGGAGAAGGAAAGAUCGAGGGUAAUCCAUAAUGGAAAAGAGAGCUGGUCGAGUUCUUUUCGAAGGUUUCCAGUCCAGCUUCUUCGAAUCCUACGAGAAGACCGUGGCCCUUCGGUAUUACCUGCCGCUAUCCGUGAUGCUCGCAACGCCGUUCAAUUUGAUCAGGAUUGGCUGCAAUAUGAGGAUCGUCUCCGAGCGGCGUUGAAAUCGCUGGUCCAGAUGUCCUUGAUUGUCCGCAAUGACUCCAAAGAUGAUGAGAGCUAUUCCAUGCAUCCACUUGUUCACGCAUGGGCCAGGGAAAGACAUUGGAUGAACCUCGGAAAACAGGCAUUGUGGUCAGAAGCAGCCGCAACAACAUUAUCCUACUCGCUUCUCCUCCCACCACUGCCCCUGGGCGACUCCUCAAGUGAAGAGGCGUACCGGGCAGCCAUUUUCCCCCAUAUAGACCACGUCUUGAAAUGCCAACGGUCAAUCAACAGUCAGAUAAACAAGAAGAAGAUGGUAGCUUUACCUCGGCGGCCUUGUAUUGCCUACGUCGACUUCGGACGCUGGUCCGAGGCCGAAGAACUCCAGGUCCAAGUACAGGACUUCUUGCUAUCGGUGUUGGGGAUUGAGCAUGUGAGCACCCGUCGGAUUAUACUUGCUCAUGCAAAGACAUUGCGCGAGCUGGGCCGUACCGAUGAAGCGGAAAAACUUCAGCUUCAAGUCCUCGACGCCUGUAAAAGGAGAUCCAAGGUGGAUCACCACGAAGUCCUAGUUGUGAAAGAAGCUUUAGCAGAGACGCUGUCUGAACAGUUUGAAUACAGCGAAGCAGUCAGGCUCCAGAAGGACGUUAUAUCUGGGUUCGAAAAGCUAUACGGACGGAAACAUGAAGAUACUUUAACUGCAAUCAGCAACUUAGGCAUGACGGUCAUGCGUUCUCGCGCCGAUUUUAUUGCUGCGCAAAAAUACAAUUCCGAAGCUCUGAAGGGCAUGGAAGAGCUUCUGGGCCCUACUCAUCUCAAAACAUUGAUUGCGAAGGAGAGGCUUGCGGUCAUAGCUACCUACCUCGAGAAAGAUCUGGAUCACGCAUUGGAGCUGAUAAAUGAGGUGUGUGAAGAAAGAGAGAAGAGAUUGGGAAAUGAACAUCCGUAUACGCUCUUGGCCAUGGCCAUCAAAGGCCGUACCAAGCGUGCGCUGGGCGACCUGAAUGGUGCCGAAAUGCUCCUAAGAAGUAGUAUCGCAGUCAUGGAUAGAACUCUAGGACGGCGCCAUCAAGUCACUCUUAGAGGACAGUACGAGUUGGCUAUGGUUUGUAGACGGCAGGGAAAUCUAGAAGAGACGGAACGCAAUUUGCCUGAUGUGAUUGAGCUUUCUCCAGGUAAUCAGAUCUUGGUGCUAGAAGCCAUGUAUGAACUGUUUGUGUGCUACAAAUUACAGGGGAGGAAGAAGGAAUGUCUAGAUAUUGCUGAGAAGGCGAUUCAAGGAUUUGAGAUGAUAAAUCCUACAAAAGAGCCUCCUCUAGCCAGAAAGAUAAGAGAGGAACGCCGCGAGCUUGUGGGAGAGACGGAAAGAUUAAUCGAUGGCGUCUACGGCGGCGUCGUAGCCAACGGCAACAGCAACAUCCUCGACCUCCCCAACAUUAAUAAGACCGCCUUCCGCAGCAUCCAGCCUAACCCGACGGCGUCUUGAGUUUUGGCAGCCGUCCACACGCUACUGUACUAGCGCAUCCCUAGCGACAUUCCUCAGCUUGCAUGCGUCACCUUCCAGCUCAACAGGGUUCCUUCUCUCAGCUGAGCUGGCUCCUCUACGCCUAUAUAUACCCACCCUCCUACAUAGCAAUAUACCAGAGUUCUCAU